AUGCGAUUGUCAAUUCUUUCGCCCGCAUUGGCUGUCGCCUUUGCGUCCUAUGCACUAGCUCAAGAUGCAUCAGAUGUCCUCACCCUUACCACGUCUGAUUUCAGCGCAAAAGUCGACAACGAGCCUCUCAUUCUUGUCGAGUUCUUUGCUCCUUGGUGUGGUCACUGCAAAGCGCUCGCGCCUCACUAUGAAGAAGCAGCUACUGCUCUCAAGGACAAGGACAUUAAGUUAGCCAAGGUCGAUUGUGUCGAUCAGGCUGACUUGUGUCAGGCCAAUGGUAUCCAGGGAUACCCCACACUGAGGGUAUACAAGAACGGCACUCCUUCCGAUUACCAAGGUCCUCGCAAAGCCGAUGGGAUCAUCAGCUACAUGGUCAAGCAAUCUCUUCCUGCCGUUACCGAACUCACUCUUUCCAACAUCGAGGAAUUCAAAGCUGCCGACAAGUUCGUCGCUGUCGCAUACGUGUCAUCUACUACCGAUGCUCCUGCCGUCGCAUUCAACCAAGUCGCGGAGACUCAUCGGGACGACUUCCUCUUUGGUUUGUCGACUGACCCGGACGUUAUUGCUGCCGAAGCUGUCACUCCUCCUGCUGUCGUUGUCUAUCGUUCAUUUGACGAGCCCCGUGUGGUUUACCCUUACCCUAUCCUCGACGCAAAACCCGAGGAUUUUGAAGAAUGGAUGGCUGACCUUUCCAUCCCUGUCAUUGAUGAAGUCUCCAGUGACAACUAUGCCGUCUACGCUUCGAGCACGAAGCCUCUUGCAUAUGUAUUCCUCGACCCUACAGCUGAAAACAAGGAAGAGAUCAUCGCUUCCGUCCGUCCUGUUGCAGAAGAGUACAAAUCGAAGGUCAACUUUGUCUGGAUUGACGCUAUCAAAUUUGGUGACCACGCCAAAGCACUCAACCUCCAGGAGCCUAAAUGGCCGUCGUUUGUUAUCCAGGAUCUAGAGAAGCAGCUCAAGUAUCCUCUUGAUCAGAGCAAGGAGGUAUCCACUGAAUCUGUCAAGGACUGGACCAAGCAAUUCGUCAGUGGUGAACUCAAGCCUGAGCUCAAGAGCCAGCCGAUUCCCGAAGUCCAGGACGAGAGCGUUUAUAAUCUCGUCGGUAAGGAAUUCGAGGAGGUUGUAUUCGAUGACUCCAAAGAUGUAUUUGUUGAAUUCUACGCUUCAUGGUGUGGUCACUGCAAACGCCUAAAGCCCACCUGGGACCUGCUCGCCGACAAAUACGCCAGCGUGAAGGACCAAAUUAUCGUCGCGAAGAUGGAGGCUACCGAGAACGAUCUUCCUCCUUCUGUUCCUUUCCGUGUUGCCGGUUUCCCUACUUUGAAAUUCAAGCCCGCUGGUUCGAGGGACUUCUUGGACUACGAGGGUGAUCGUUCUUUCGAGUCUCUUGUUGCGUUUGUUGAGGAACACUCCAAGAACUCGCUCGAGCCCUCGGUCGUUCUCGAAGGUCAGACACAGACACAUUUUUCUGCUGGGAACGCGUCGGCCGAGAAGCACGAUGAGCUUUGA